AUGCCUCCAGAAUUCACGCGUGCGCCGUCACAGGGAAGCAUCGUCUCGCAGACGACACAGCAUAUGGGUCCUCACAGCCGCCCAGGGACGGCGGACCCUAUACGUGCUCGCUCUGAAAACCUUUCCAGGGCGGCUCGGCGACCGCGGUCGCGAGGUUCAACUGCGAGCAUCCACUCCAGCACCACGCAGCAAACGCAAGAUCAGCAUCUCGAUGCAUUUCCGCAAUUCCUGCCGUCUCAAGUGGGAGGUGGACAACACAUGUUUGGAAAUAACCCCGAAGACAUGUUGAUGCGAUUUGGACAUCAAUUAUCUCACCAAUCCAACGGCGCGCCGCUCGACCCAAACGUCCGCGAUACCCAUUCGAUGGCUUCCCGAUCAGAAGAUUUCGUCCCCCACGGAAUUCCCGGGCACAGUAUUUCGCAUCAUUCCUUGCCACAAGAUAUCCCCCAUGGGGCGAUAUCCGCUGUAGCGAUACCCCAAUACCAAGGCAUCUACGACAGUGGAAUUGAAAAUCACUUGCCUGAUCAUACGGCCGACGACCACGAGACAUCUGAGGUCGCGGGUAAAAAGAAACGCGGAUCGAACUCAACUCUUGCAAAUGACAACGAACUUCGAAAGCUGUUGCGUCAAUACGAGGGAUUCACGUUGAAGCAAAUGGCUGCUGAGGUCAUGAAACACGAAGGCGCGGGUGGAAAGGCAGAGAAGGUGAAGCAAGUGUUCGCUAUGAUCUGGCUGCGUGAGAAUUGCCGCAAAAGCAACGGCUCAGUGCGACGAGAUCGUGUGUACUGCUGUUAUGCCGAGAAGUGUGGCACGGAGCGAGUUUCAGUUUUAAACCCCGCGUCGUUUGGCAAACUCGUUCGCAUCAUUUUUCCCAACGUGCAAACACGGCGCCUCGGCGUGCGCGGGGAGUCUAAAUAUCACUACGUCGAUUUGUCGGUGAUCGAAGAGAAGCAGCAACGGCCCACACCUCUCGAUGCACAAGCAGCUCCCAACUCAAAUCAAGUUGCUACUGUUCCCAUACCAGAGAGACCUGCAAGUGGGAUGCGGUCAAGGAGUAUCAGUAUCGCUCAACCAACAGCUGACACGGCUGUCUUUCCUUCACCCACCACCUCGUUCGCACCUCGGUUCCCUAGCAGCGCCGUCGGGCCGGGCUGUGGCUGCCAGACCCACAUUCCUGGCGGGCCAGACGCAGUAAUCACCACUGAGAAUGUAUCGCAACAGGCUGGCAAAAUGGUUCAUCAGAUGCUUCAGUUGCCAACAGAUGAAGUGCCCAACAUCGACAAUGAAUCGCUGGUCCUCCCCGAUAUUCGUGGCUAUCUUCCCGUCAACACGGAUCCCAAAGUGGCGGAGGCCCUGGCCGCUCUGUACCGUUCGCAUUGCAUUUCUGUCAUUGAUAGCUUCCGCUUUUGCAAAGAACGGAAUCUGCUCAAGUAUUUCUCUGCCUUCCAUGGCACCUUGACAGUGCCCGUGCAAAAACUUCUCACCCACCCAAACCUUGCCGCCUGGAUCAAAGAAUGCGACUGGCUCAUGUAUCAAAAGAUGAUCGCCUUCGUGGCACCUCUCACGACUCAGGUAGUCCCGAAAGUGGUCUUGGAUGCCUUCAGCUCCAUCUCGCAGCGCCUCUGCAAUCACAUCGCGGAGACCUUCAAGGCGCAGCCACCGCACGUUUCGGUCGCUCGACUCAUUCCCGCCCAUAUUUUCUGCAACCUGUUGAAGCAUAUGCUUGAUGUGAAUCAAGCCGCCAACGCUGCCGCGGCCUGGCUUUGCCACCCUGACAAUCGUAAUCAAAUGUGGUUCGAUUUCAAGUCCCUAGUGAAUCCUCAAGAAAUGAUUUUGAAGGCCAAUAUCCCUACUUCAGCCGAGAAGGCGACGGAGCAGAUUUUGAAGCAUGAUGUUCGCGCUCUUCUCACACCUGUUAGCGACACUGAUGCCUCUGUUGGGUUGUCCUUUUUCUCGCAGCCGGAUGGUCCCGAUGCCAUCGCGGCUCACCAAUUUCCCGUGGAGACCUCCACUGGUGACGAUUAUAACUUCCCUGAUAAGUGGAUUGCAUUUAUUCUCAAUCUGCCUUUGGCCUUUCCCGACCAUCGUUCGCAGUGUGUGAUCGAGAAGGUGGAUGCCCUGUGGGAUGCUAUUCUCCACCGCCUGACUCUUGGGGGAGCUGCCAGCUUCAGUGCUUGGUGGAUGACCAAGGGGUUUUUCCACGAGAUGAUGGUCUGGCAAGCAGAGAAAGGCGGCUUCAUGCGCCACACGCCGACCUCGUUGCAGAAUAUGAGCCUGACUUCAGAACACCCUGGGAUGGGAAGUUUUCACAUGAAGCAGAAUCGCAUCCCGCAACCCCCCACGUUUGAGGCUCUGCGAGUGACCAAUCCUAAAAUUUCUCAACCUCAGAAUCAUGUCUCCACGGAGCCACGAAGCACACGAGAUCAAACCGUCGAGGUCAGUCAUGAUACCAAGGACCUCCAGAAUGCCAAAGAGCUGGCUUUUCCAGAAACGGGGUUUCAAGCCCCCAACAAUGACGACAGCGCAAUUGAUUUAGAAGAUGAUGCGAUGUUAAUGGCAGUGGGAAAAUAUGGGGAUAUGAUGGUCUCCGAUCCCGCCGACGCUGAAGGUGACGUGAUUGUCAUCUAA